GUUGCCAACGAUCUCGAAGUGGAGAAGGCUCGUCGCAUAAAGGCAUACGGUGGCAAACUUGUUGAGGUAGACGAAUCGGAAGUUCUUGGUACGGCCAAACGAUUGGCGGAACAGAACAAUGGGUUUUUCAUGAAUCAAGAUGGUAAUGCUCAAGAGGCCGAAGAGUAUCAUGACAGCAGGAAGGCGACGUAG